AUGGAGGUCUUGGAUUUGUGGCCAGUUUUCCAGAAACAUGGGAGGGUUUGGGAUGUUUUCAUCUCCUCCAAAAGGGACCAAGCAGGCAGGAGGUUCGGGUUUGUGCGGUUUUUGGACGUCAAGGACUCACGUAAACUAGAACAAGAUCUGGAUAACAUCAUGAUUGGCAAGAUGAAACUUCACGCCAAUCUGCCAAGGUUCUCUAAACCUAAGAGGAGGAUGGCUUUGCCUCAUGGCCAAAACCCUGAGAGGGUGCAGGAGCCUAGGGCACCUGCCCAAUGGCGAGUGCGUCAGGCGAGUCAAUCGUAUGCACAAGCGGUUAGUCAGAAGGGACGCGUGGAGUCAGUGCCGGCAUCUGGUUCGGGUCCCCAACCAAUGACUGUCAAGUCACAAAGUCUGCCCCUGCAAGCUGUGGAGGAAUGGCGCGGCCCAGAAGUUCUGGAUGGUGAGGAAUGGAUGUCCAGGAGCUUGGUGGGGGUGAUCAAGGAUCGUGAUAUGGCUACAAAACUUCGUGGUGAAGCGUUCCUUCUCCGGGGGUUUGAGACGGUGAAGGUAAGAUUUCUAGGGGAUGAUCUAGCGCUCCUCACGGGGCCUGAAGGUGUUGAUCUUUCGCAACUGUUACACGAAUCUCGUGACUGGCUCGCGGAAGUCUUUGUUACCACUUACCCUUGGAGUCCACUGGUAGCACCUGAUCAUAGGGUUACGUGGGUGCGCUGCUUUGGUGUCCCGAUCAAUAUGUGGACGAAGCUUUGCUUACAGGAGCUAGUAGCACCAUUGGGAGAACUCAUUGCUGUAGACCCCCAAACUGAGUCCUUUACAUAUCUAGAGUUUGCAAAGGUCCAAAUUCGUACCAAGGAACCUGGGGUGUUGUCCCUUUGUAGGAAGAUAAAGGUUCGUGAUGCGGUGUUUUCUGUGAACAUCAUUGAAGAUAUGGGGAGCCUGGGGUUGGGAACCUGUGAGUGUUCCUGCAGUAAGUGUGACAAGGAGGUGUCAGUGGAAGGCUCUUUGAAUUUGGAGGUUGAUGAUUCAAACUUCUCAGUCUCUGAUGAGGAUCACGACAUGUAG